UUACGGAAAUAAGAUGGAAACCAGAUACUCAGUUGGUUCUGAUCAUUCUGUUUUAAUUAAACUUUAAUCUAAUGACGGUUCUUUGUUUUCGACGUCAUGGUUGACUGGAUAACGAACGAGGCUCCUAAAGUUAUUGUUGUGGGAAUAUGGCUCGCAAUAAAUAUUAUAAUAUUUGCUGUAACCUACGUUAACUACAGAGAUGAAGAUGAGUUUUACUAUUUACGUUCAUUGAUUGGGAGUUCACUCUUUUGGGCAAGAGGUAGUGCUGCAUGUCUGAAUUUCAAUGUUAUGUUGAUAUUAAUACCUGUUUGCCGCAAGUUGAUCAGUUUUAUCAGAGGCUCAUGUGGGUGUUGUCCAAGAGUUUUGAGGCGGCAAAUGGAUAAAAAUAUUACAUACCACAAGUAUAUUGCUUACAUGAUAAGUUUGCAUACUGCUAUACAUAUAGGUGCUCAUUAUUUCAACUUUGAGAGAUUUGCAGAAGCACAGUUAGCAAAAGGGGAUGAUAUUAGAAACUACCUUAGUCGUCUGCCUACAACAUCAAAUGGCAGCUGGUUAAAUCCUAUCCGUUCUUCUGACCCUGAUCCAACCAAAGAACUUUUUAAAACUGUAGCUGGUGUUACUGGAGUUGUUAUUACUUUGUGUCUGGUUAUUAUUGUUUCAUCAUCCACUGAAAUAAUCAGACGUUGUUAUUAUGAGUUAUUCUGGUAUGCCCAUCAUGUGUUCAUUAUAUUUUUUUUGGGAUUUCUUAUUCAUGGUGCUCAAAUGAUAAUACAUAAACAAAACAAUUUAUCUGUUCAUCCAAUCUCCAUUUGUGCUGAGAAGCCUAAAACUUGGGGGACUUCUCCUUGUGCUAUUCCAGAAUUUGAGGGAUCAAUUCCAAAUAGUUGGAUUUGGCUCCUUGUGCCUGCUGUGAUAUACACUAUUGAAAGAUUAGCCAGAUUUAUAAGUGGACUUCAGCGUGUAGUAGUUACAAAAGUAAUAACUCACCAGUCAAGGGCUUUUGAAAUUCAAAUGCAGAAAAAAGGAUUCCAUGCAGCACCAGGGCAAUAUAUUUUGAUACAGUGCCCAAGCGUGUCUAAACUGGAGUGGCAUCCUUUUACUUUAACUUCUGCACCCAAUGAUGACUAUUUCUCUGUUCAUAUUAGACAAGUUGGUGAUUGGACCAAUGCAUUGGCUAAACAUUUUGGUGUGGGUGGAGAAUUUAGAGAGCCUUCACAAAUGCCAAAGAUUUAUGUGGAUGGACCCUAUGGAACAGCUGCUGGUGAUAUCUUAGACUAUGAUGUGGCUGUUCUUGUUGGAUGUGGCAUUGGUAUCACACCUUUUGCCUCUGUCUUAAAAUCUGUUUGGUACAAGUUUUGUCAUCCCAAGCAAACACCCCCUCUUCAGCGUGUUUACCUAUUCUGGGUGUGUCCUGAAGUCACAGCAUUUGAAUGGUUUCAAGGACUUUUAUUAGAUCUAGAACAACAGAUGAGACAAAGAAACACCACAGAUUUUCUUAAGUACUUCAUCUACUUGACGUCUAAAUCAUUGAAUCCAAAUCAGGCAAGAAACAUUAUACUUCAUGAUGAAGUGUAUGACAAUGAUGCUCUGACUGGUCUAAAACAAAAAACAAACUAUGGCCGUCCUCAGUGGGAAGUUGUAUUUAAGGAUCUUGCAGAAUCACAUAAAGGACUUUCCACUGGUGUUUUCUUCUGUGGGCCCACAGGCCUCUCAACAACUUUACAUAAACUUUGUAACAGGUUCUCUAACAUGGAAACAAAAACAAAGUUUUACUAUAAUAAAGAAAACUUUUAAAGUCACCUUUUAAACAUUUGUCAUACUUUUAUAUAAACAAUCUAAGCAAUUAUUGUAUAUAAAAAAUCAGUGCAAACUGAAGUGCACUAUUUAUGUUAUUUUGAGUGCCUUACUAUUGUCCAGCACUCAUUUGUAGCUUCUUUUAAAUGGUAAAUAACAAUGUUGGGACAAACAUUUUUAAAAUUUGAACAUAAUUUUGAAGUUGAAAAUGUUAAAACACAUUAUCUGUAUUUUAAUGAAUAUAUCAGAAUCUAAUCACAAAUGAUCAAUACUUUUAUAAGUCUAAUACAUAGACUAUUUAGUGUUAGAUUUGCUAAGUAAAUUUACAUUAGCAUUAUUUUAUACACUGAAGUGAUUUAACAUGUUUACAUGUUCCAUUUGUAUAUUUUUUUAUAUAUAUUAUAUAUACACUGUUAUUUAAAAAAUUGUUGAGUAUGAUUUGUGUGAUAUCAUUCACCUUCAGACUUGAUUUUGAGAGCUGGGUCUAGGUAUUCCACCAGCUUGUGUUUCAUUCCAUUUUUUUUUGUGUCAUACCAAUUUUCAAGAUGUAACCUUGUCAAAUAAUUAUGCAGCUAUAAGUAUGAUAAAUUUUCACAUUCAAUGUAGAUGUAUAUUAUUACAAGCUUGUUAUGUCAUAUAUAUAUAUAUAUAUUAAUUUUUGUUAUUUAAUUACUAGAACAAGGGGGUUUUUACUGUUCAAAUGGAAAAUAAACUAUGUAGAAAAUAAGUAUAAAUAUUUUUGUUUUUAUUAGCAAAUUAUUAAAAUAUAUUACAAAUUGUAUGAUGGAUGAUUGAAAGUUGAAAUCUUUUUUUUUUGUUCAAAAAGUGAGAAUCUACAGUUGUUUGCUUAAACUAAAACUAACUAAAAUAAAAAUGAAUUAACUUUAUUUUUUUUAAUGAAUUAACACAACAAACAAAUUGAAAU